AUGACAUCAUAUCCCGACGGCCCCAGCAAGGUGCUAGGGUUCCUCUCGUACGAUGUGCUGCUGGGGCUGCAGCUGGACCACGUGUACAGCGCCUGGUACUUCUACGGCCUCAUGGCCCUGCUGGGGGCCAGCCUCAUCGCCUGCACCGCGACAACACAGUGGCCGGCCGUCAAGGUCGCACAGCGGUGGCGCUUCGCGUCAGAUGCGAAGGGCGUGCAGCGCUUCGCAGGCACACCGGCCCAGGUGCUGCCCGCGGCGCGCGUGUCGGACCUCGGGGCAGGUCUGUCUGCCAAGGGCUACCAGGUGUUCCGCAACGGCCCCCAGCUGUACGCGUUCAAGGGCCUCGCCGGGCGCCUCGGCCCCAUCGGCGUGCACGCCGCGCUGAUCGUGUCGCUGAUCGGCACCGCCUACAGCGGCUUCGGCGGCUGGAAGGGCUCGGCGAUGGUGCCCGAGGGGCGCGAGUUUCUGGUGGCGGCGGCGAUCAGCCCGACGAGCGCGAUAUCGCGGCUGCCGGAGGGCGCCAAGGGCGUUCUGCGCGUCAACGGGUUCAGGAUCGAGACGCGGCCGGACGGCAGCGUUGCGCAGUUUUACAGCGACCUGAGCAUCAGGGACGCGGACACCGACCAGGAGCUGCUGCGGAAGACCAUCAGCGUCAACGACCCCUUCAGGUAUGGCGGCGUCACGAUGUACCAGACCGACUGGAGCCUCGCCGCGGUCACCAUCCGCGUCCCCGGCGCCGACGUGCGCCAGAAGGCCCCCAACCCCCUGGACGGCGCCCCCGGCGCUGCAGCCGCCGCGGCCGGGCCGUCGUACGUGGAGCAGGGGCGGCCGUUCAGCCUGCCGCUGGCGUCGCUGGCGGGCACGGCGGGGACGCCGCAGAACGCGAAGAUCUGGGCGACGUUCCUGCCGAUUGAGGCGAGCCCAGCGAACGGCCGGCCGCCGCGCGGCAUCUCAAUCAUCGCCCGCGACCUGGACACCGUCACCCUGUACGACUCCUCCGGCGCCUUCGCCGGCGUCCGCCGCCCCGGCAGCGGCAAGCCCAUCACCGUCGACGGCGUGACGCUGAUCGUGGACGCCAUAGUCGGCUCAACCGGCCUGGAGAUCAAGGCAGACCCGGGGGUCCCCCUGGUCUACGCCGGGUUCGGGGCGGUCAUGAUCACCACCCUCGUGUCAUACGUCAGCCACAGCCAGGUGUGGGGGCUGCAGGACGGGGCCAACGUGGUGGUGGCGGGGCGCAGCAACAGGAGCAAGUACCUGUUUGAGAAGGAACUCGACGAGGUGCUGGACGGCGUGCCAGAGGCGCUGCCGCCGCGGGCGUGA